GAGAAUGUGGAAGGGAGGGUGAGGAGAAAGAGGGAGGAGGGGAGGGUGAGAUGCUCGUUUCAGCACCGCGGACAGCUCCCGGUAAAAGCAGCCAGCCAGCAGCGGGUCGCUCCUCUCUCCUCUCUGCUGCUCUGAAAACAAGAGAACAAACUGAUAUUUGAUAUAUAUAUAUAUUUUUUUUACACCUCUGAAAAUGAGUGAAUAAGAUAUGUUUUUUGAGGAGAAGGCUUUAGUUUAGUUCAGUCCCGAGCAGGCGACAUAUUUGUGGUGACAGGCUACAGACAAAAUCGUUUCAGGACUCCCGAGGUUCGUGCGAAUCUCUGCGAAGUUUCUCUGCCUCCUCCUCCUCCUCCUCCUCCUCCUUCUGCUGGUCUGCACGGCCCGGAAAAUCUGCUGGUGUUCAAGGGAAGUUGAAGAGAAAACAAAAGUGACAACACCGCCUCAGCACCUUCAUCUUCUUCUUCUUCUCUUUGGACUUUUUUUUUUCGUGCGUAAAAGGAUUUCUGUUUGUUGGAUAAUACUCCUGGUAGCUAAGAAAGGCAAGCGAGACAAGUUUCUUCUUCGUUCGGUGUUAUAGGCUUCUUCUUUCAACCUCGAACCGCCCCCACCCCACCCACCACCCACCCUGUAACGCUCUUACAUUAGCCACUGAUGCACGCCUUUGAUGCGCCCGGAUACAUUUCUCCUCUCUCGCCGUGCUGAUUCCUUUCUCCUCCAAGUCAUCCAUCUCAGUCUUUUUUUUUUUCUUUUCCAGAUUUAACAUUCAAAGAGGGACGCCCUGCACUGCCAUCUUCCCCUCCCAUGUUCUGCUAAAGACUGGUAGGUGAUAAUGGCAAUGGAUCGAUGAAAAAUGCUUAUUCAGAUUGUUCUGAGAUUAAGUUGGAGGCCCUGCGUUAACGCAGAAUCAGAGAGGACACAGUUUAGUAACUUUUAAAACUGAUUUUUUUUUCCUCCUCCUUUUGAGACUUGCUGUAGACAAUAGGUGUGUAGCCCGUUUGUAGUUCUUCAUGACGGAAACGAUGGCGCUGAGUGGGAACUGUAGGACUAACCCCAAAGAGCAAACAUCCGUCCAGAACAGUUUUCCAGAUGUGGUUGAAUUAAAUGUAGGGGGGCAGGUUUAUUACACGCGUCACUCAACUUUGGUGAGCACCCCGAGUUCAUUACUCGGUAAGCUGUUCGCAUCCAAAAAAGACGCUUCUAAUGACUUGGCGAGAGACCCCAAGGGUCGGUAUUUCAUCGACAGAGAUGGUUUUUUAUUCCGGUAUGUGUUGGACUACCUCCGAGACAAGCAAGUCGUCCUCCCGGACCACUUCCCGGAGAAAGGGAGGCUCAGGAAAGAGGCGGAGUACUUCCUGCUGCCCGACCUAGUGAGGCUCCUGACCCCUGAUGAUCUCAAGCAAAGCCCGGACGACUAUUUCCACAGCGACUAUGAAGACGGAUCCCAGGGCAGCGACCACCGGCAGUGCCCGCCGCCCUCCCUCGUCCCCGCAGACAGAAAGAGCGGCUUCAUCACGGUGGGGUAUAGGGGGUCGUGCACCAUGGGCCGAGAGAGUCAGACCGACGCCAAGUUCAGGAGGGUACCUCGGAUACUGAUAUGUGGACGGGUGGCCCUCGCCAAAGAAGUUUUCGGGGAGACCCUGAACGAGAGCCGAGACCCAGACAGGACCCCGGACCGGUACACCUCCCGGUUUUACCUCAAGUUCAAGCACCUGGAGAGGGCUUUUGACAUGCUGUCGGAGUGUGGUUUCCAAAUGGUGGCCUGCAACUCGUCAGUCACAGCCUCGUUUGUCAACCAGCACACAGAGGACAAGAUCUGGUCCAGCUACACAGAAUACGUCUUUUACCGUGGUCCAUCACGUUGGUCCUCCCCUCCAUGUGACUGCUGCUGCAAAAACCACAAAGGCGAUGGCGAGGGCGAGAGCGGCACCUCCUUCAACGAGCUCUCCACGUCCAGCUCUGAGAGCCAGUCAGAAGCCAGCUCUCCCCAGGGAACUGUCAUCCGUGGCCCGGUCAGCCGCCAGUCACACCCCCAUGCCAACGUCCAAACCCUGGACAGGCCGCCGAAAAAGGGCCCCAUUGCCAUGCUCCAGCAGUCCGAACAUAGGCGGAAGAGUGACUUGCUGCGCACGCUUACGGCAAGCUCCCGUGACACCAGCACCUGCAAGAAGAGGCCGGCGAAAGAGAAGCUGACGGUUGAGGAAGAGCUGGAAAAGUGCAUUCAAGACUUCCGCAAGAUCAAGAUCCCAGAAAGGUUCCCCGAGAGGAAGUACAUGUGGCAGGCAGACCUGUUGAGAAAAUACCGUCUCUGAGCCAGCAGAAAGGACAGAGGGAGCAAACACAUGAGGCCAAGGAUCAGUUUACAUGUUUUUUGAUCAUGACUUUUGCAACAAAAGGGAGAUAACACUAAACUCAUUUGAAUUUAGUUUCUGCAGGAAACUGUGCCAGUAGGAUGAAGGUCUACACAGAAGCUAAGAAGCAUAAAAACCAGACUGUUCUCUUCUUGACAUAUGUAGUACGUAUGUGUGUGUAUGUAGUUUAGGCCUACUGUAUGUACUGUAAGUAUGUGCUGUACCUUGCUGAAUGCUUCGGAGCUUUGAAUAAUUUAUCCCUGAGGACCAAUCCAGGUGGACGAAAGACAUCCUCCAUAAACCAAUCAACCAACCGAAGGCUGGCUAAUGGCUACACUGGGGGGUUACUGAGGGUUACUGGACUGCACACACCGUCAUCUGUCAUCAUUUCACUGUAAAACCACAAAGACAAACACUGAUUUAGUUUAGGUGAAUGUGUGCGUGUGUGUGUGUGUGUGUUCACACCCAGGUGGCCUAGAGGUCACAGAUAAAUCUGCAUCAGGACCCAUUAAUAAUUCAUGCUGUCCCGACAGUGCUCUCACUAUAAAUACACCCAAAGCUCUCUGCUGCCAGGGGGGGCGUAAACAGCUAGGUCGAUUAUUUAACUUUUAGGCAAGAUUUGGGACUUCUGAGGCAGGAGGAGGUACAAUUUCAUCAGCGCCGCAAUUUAUUUUCUUCUUGUAAUAUCAGUUAUAUUGGAAACAUACCUGGAGUAAAUCUAACUGCCCUGCAUUGCACUGAUUUUUGCCGUGUUGGCUGGAUGUGGGGUAAUACCGAGGUUACAAUGUAAAAGGAAUUCAGAGACACACGGCGUAAUGGACAUUUUUGUCAAUUACUUUCCCAAAAUGAACAAAAGCCCACAAUAUGACAGCCGCGGCACAUGCACACAGAAUGGGACAGGAUUGCUACACAGGCUAACCCCGUCAUCACGCAGACGGAUGCUUUCUACCCUGACGGUUGACACAGUAAUCAAUAAUUAUUGAUGAUAGGGUCCAGUGAUAGAGCAGAUAGAUGUGGUUCUUGUUUACAGUUAUAAAUGAAGCCCAUUGGUUACACACAAAGACAAGCCGUUUGUCUAUUUAAUGAAAAUUAACCAUUAUUCAUGCAUUCAUGUAUGUAAUGUGGUAAACACACAGAGAUAGGCAGACAGUUAUUUUAAAAGAGCACAAUUCAAGAAUACAAUAAAAUUUCCAUAGCAGGUUGAUUGAUCUCUAUUUAAGACUCUCGCUGGAUAAAAUGGUCCUGACAGAACGAUUGAUUAUUUCAGGGUGCAAAGUUAAUUAUCAAGCAUGGUAAAAAAAAAAAAAGUAUACAGAUAUUCAGUGAUGCUGUAAAAAUAAAAUGGUGAUAAAAUGUUAAAGAUAAAUGCCAUUCAAAGCAAUCAUUGUUCAUAGUUAAUUGUUUAUUUACACAGGUAGUGUUAUUGACAUCACAAUCUCUGUUUUAGGAGAGGCAUACAUAAAAAGAGAGCAUAUAAAAAGGAUUGAACAUCUUGUACAGCAGAUUAUAAAUCCGUCAAAACAACAAGGAAAGAAAUAGUGAGAUGAAAGGUUAAAAUCUUUCAUCGGUACAAGAAAAUCUGACUUAUAAAAAAAGCAUGCUCUCCAAAGUACUGUAGGAGGAAGCUUCCAAACCUUUAUUAUAUCAAAUGUAUGACACAAAUAUGAUCAGAUUCAGUUUCCAGAAGAGGAAAUAGCUGAAAAGAUUGGUAAAUGACUGCUUAGAGAAGAAACUGCUUUUUCUGAUCACAGCUUCGGGUAAAAAUCAAGGUAUUUCUGAACAGCUUUGAUGAAUGAUAGAGUUUGGGUUAAGAAGUUAUAGAAAUUAUUGAUAAACGUGACUUGUACAGAAGGAUAAUAAACACAGGAGACAGUGGACAGAAAUUUCACAGAGGAACAUGAUUAAAACUUAUCAUUUAUGAAAGUGGGCUUUACAAACAAUCAUAGCUUUUACAAAGCACAAAGUAUACAUUUGAAUUAAAAGCACACACAAACAAUAUUAAAGUAUGCAUAUUAUAAAGUUAUUCAAUGAUCAAUUUAUUUAAAAAUAUUAAUAACAAAGGAAAAUGUUAUUAUUUUUCUAUCUAAAAUUCUAAAUUAAUAGAUCAUAAAAUGCCCUUAUGUUGAAAUGUAUGAAAAAUGUAUUUCCUGAGAGAAGUGAUUCAUGGGUAGUAAGAAAUUUCUAGCUCUAUUCAGUGGUGCCCACGUGUCUGCGGUGGUUUAUUAUAGUACGUAAGUAAUAUGGUUGCAAUAGGUGCUAGAUACAAACCAACCAUUUUCCUCAUGUCAAUACAACGGAUAUGACUUAUUUUUCUACAUUGCUGGGAUAUUACAUUUUCAUUUUAAAGUCAUUUAUCUUAUCAGUUGGAGUUGUUAUGUUAAUCCAGACUACAUAUCAUAUGUAAAUAAACACCAUAAAUCAUACCUAACCAGAAUAAUGUAUUAUACUCUGUAUAUAACAUGCAAAUCCAUGAGGUGUGGCUGCUCCGCUGUUCUUAGUGAUGCAGUAGACUGACGCUAAUGUACUACAGCCAUUCUUGUUUAUCAUUUAGAGUGUUGGGCCAUCAGGGAUGAGUGACAAUAUAAUACACACUUAUAACACAUUUACCACUAUAAUACAUGAUAAGCUAUGUGCUUUUCGAGACAACAGUGUCAUAAAGAGACUGUCAGCACAUUUGUCUGACAGUGCCACAGAGGAAGCCACUAGACGAUGCUGAAGUGCAAUCAAAAGAUCUGAAAAUGUGCAUUUAGAAAAAAACAACAAAAAAACAGAACAAGGAAGGUUUGGUCCAAAACUCAAAAAAUUGUAACCCUGGAGUUGUUUUUUGAGGCCAUACAGUGCAGUCAGAAAGCAUUAGGACAGUGAUGUGUUUCUGUUCUCUGGGCUCUACACUCCAGAACAUUGGCUUUGAAGUGACUAUGAGGUGAAAGUGCUGACUUUCAGCUUCUAACAGACUUUGAGAGUGUUUACAUCCAUACUGGGUUCAGUAUAGAAGCCCUUUCCUCUUAAAUAAUAGGUAAAUGCAGCAGGACAAUGGUUCUAAACAUGCAGGAGUGGUGACACAGCUCAGUUGCCUCAAUGCUGUUGAUUCAGACCGAUUGCAAAAAGAGCCUAAAACCAGCAAGAAGUGACAGCUGCACCAUAGGCCUGACAGAGUGAGCAUUAUGGACUGGAUUUGCAACCAAACAUUGAGUAAGACAACCUAAUUUGGGGGCCACAUUUCUACAUUUCCCAACCUGUUCUCUCACUCAAGUUAAAGCUGAGAGACUCAGAACUUUAACACCGCCUUCUGUUUCAUUUCAAAUCUUAUUUGCUGGAGUGGAGAGAACAGACCCGACUGCAUUUUAUAGAAAUCUUUGUACAGGUAUUCCCUGUUUUGGUUUUUCCACACAUUUACAGUAAUCAGUUCACUAAUCAGUUACAAGAGUUUCUGAUUAAAAGUUACAUGUAUAAAUAAAGGAGGAAAUAUCUGGGUUUUGAGCAUUAGGCCAGACAAUAGUUUGCUUCUGUUUGAUUUUUGCUUUUAAGCUUUCUGAGAACAGCAUGCUGACUUGUGAUAAUAUAUCAAAAUUUUCUCCUUUUACCCAUGAAACGUGUUUUCAGUGGCUGGUGCAAUUUUCACCUGGUCAAAUGGUCUAAACGCAGUGAACACAAACUGGUGCACGCUUUUUUUUCAUUCGGAAGGUGAACGUCUCUGAUUGUCGUAGCUUUUUACAUAUUUGUUUUUGACAUCAGCAGUAGUGUCGCGCUGUUCAUAUUCAGCCCAGUUUAAGCGAGAAAGUCGAUAUUAGGAAACGCGUUUGCUCGACUCUGCCUGCAAUUUCACAAAUGUGUUGGGUUUGUUUACUUCUAAUAAUUCAACAACAAGGUCGACCAGUCACAGAAAUCUGAGAGCAUUUUUCAAACACUGAUUCGUCAUAAGACGUGAUUGGAAAUGCUCUUGAACAGACAUAGAGAGAAUAAAAAAUAAAAAAAAAAGACACCUGGUGGCCUUCUAGAGUAGACUACAGCUGUUUUUGCACAAUGUAUAAAGUUGAACAAAGAAACACAAACAAGAAAGUAUUUGAAAAGAGAUAAAUAUGUUCAUAAUCACUUUACAUGCACAACGCAGCCACGAAUAAUGUGUCUGUCAUCAGAGAGAAAGAUUGUAGAUCUUGCUGACAAGUUUUCACCUUCAGAGCACAUGAUAUUCGGUUCUUUGGGCCUGAAAAGAACAGAUAAUGUAAAUCUUAUUGAUAAAUGACUGAAAUUUUGUUUUAAGUCAAAUGUGAUGUAUGAAAAGGAAAACAGACUGUGAACUGAUAUUGAGUUUGUCAGUUUAUUGUUUUGCGAGUGCUCGACUACAGUGUGUGAUUUUCUUUCCUGAAGUUAUAGUCACGUCCUGCUAGUGGAGCCUGCGUACAUGACCGCAGGCAGUCGUCUUGUUUUCCUCCUGCCUUUGAUGAGCCUGCGAACCACACGAGGAAAGAUCACGUUAUUCUGACACCACCAUGGUAGAUCUGGCACAUACUGUUUCGAAACAAAAAGGACGUCUGUUUUGAUUAUUGUUGUUCUGACACUAAAAAGAAAAAAAAGAAAAAAUGGUUCAGAAACAUUGUGAGCAUGUUGGUAUACAAAACUUAUAACAGAUUUAACUUAGUCUGUUCUUGUGAAAAAAGAUUCUUGUGGAAAAAGAUCUGAUAUUUAACAGAAAAAAAGAAAACUUGCAAAAAAAAAAAAAAAAAAAAAGAUAAGCACAAAUGUGUUGAUAGUGUCUGCUGUUCCUCCACAGGUGUAUAACAUUAUCAGAUAAAAACUCUGCAGAGUGACCGAGCUCCUGCAAAACAGAGUGAUUCUCACCAGAGGCGUAUGGUGAUGGAAAUACUUCUUUCACCAUGAAUCAUUCAGAAAAUAAUAAUUAAUACUAUUUUGCUAAUUAUGGAAUUAUAUAAAAACCUGUCUAUCAAAGUUUUUCUGAUUGAAAUUCUAUGUAGGUUGACUUCUAGAAAUCAAACUGAAUGUUACCAAAACAUCCGUGGUGAGAGUUGCCUUGUAUUCCAGGUGUUAUUACGUCUGCCUUUAGAGACAGUAAAAAUCAUCUGAGAGUCUUUAGAUACAAAGCAUAUAGUAAUUUUGAAAAUGUAUGACGACAACCAAUAAACAAGACAUUCUGUACAGCGACUGAGACUUCUAUUUAUUCCUAGAUCCCAUCAGCCUUUGCUGUGGUGGUUACUAAUCCUCUGGGCUCCACACAUCAUCAGGAAAGACAGUAACAAUAUAAAAAUUGAUUGUUCAUUUAAAAUUCAUGUCUCACAGAUGAGCAGAUGAUCAGCUCCAUCUCAGCGGUAAAACGACAUCAUGCUCAUACCAAUCUCUACAAGCGCAACACUGAUGAUAUGUUGUAUUAGUGUUUAUUUGGGUGGUUGUGUUAUUAGUCACUGGCUGUAGCCUUUGUGGUUAGAUCAUACUGGAAUAAUACAACAUUCCUGCAACUGCAUGUAUUAAGAAGGAGGUUGUGGUAAUCUGCAGGGAUAGUUUUAUUUUUGUUAUGUUUAGGGAGAAAAGUGAAUUGUGGUCUGUGUCCAAAAUUAUUUUCACACCAUUUAUUGUGUAUAGUGUUGUGGUAUAAUACUAUAUUUCUAUACUUUACCCUUACCCUACACUAUAUUUUGUCUAAGUCAAUUUUUUAAUGUCCAAAUUCUGAGUAUCAAAUUGUCAUGUCCCUAGCACGUGCACUACUUUAUGCUCACAAUGUCACAAUGCAAUUUGUCCCAUUUUAUACCUGAUUCUAUGUAUGUGAUGACACAAAAUGACGAGCGUCUAAACACUCAGUUUACUGCUCCCAGUUGUCUUUACUAUAAGAAGUUGUGAAUGAUUGAAGAAGAAAGCGAUUCAGACACAGUCGUGGUGUUUUUCUUUUGUCACAUGUCACAAUAGAACUCGGAUCCAUGAGCAGACUAACUAGAUGACACAUUCA